CUCUACUACACUUCCAUACCGAUCGACGGGCAACGGCAGGGAAUGCGCGCACAUACAGCCACCUUGGUCGGUGACCGAAUCUGGUUCAUUGGUGGUGUUACCGCCAAGCACUGUCGGCGGGACGUGGAGUACUAUGACACCUGUACCCUGGAGUGGAAUGUCGUCGAGACGGGCGGUGAACUACUCCCGCCGCUCCGGGCGCAUACUACCAAUCUCGUCGGCGACAAGCUGUAUAUCUUUGGAGGCGGUGAUGGGCCUACGUACAGUAACGAGGUCUGGAUAUUUGAUACAUUGACGUACCGCUUCUCUCGCCCCAUCUUGACUACACCCAAGCACUCCCUCCCGCCACCUCGUCGAGCCCACACGACCGUCCUUUAUCAAAACUUCCUCGUUGUCUUCGGUGGAGGAAACGGGCAGGCAGCACUGAAUGAUGUCUGGGCGCUGGACGUGUCAGACUCGGACCGAUUAUCAUGGCACGAAUGGCCGACCAGGGGCUCGCCGCCACAGAAGAAGGGAUACCAUACCGCCAAUCUGGUCGGCGAGAAGAUGGUCGUCUUUGGUGGGAGUGACGGACAUGCGAGCUUUGCCGAUGUGCACGUGCUCAACCUUGAAACUCUGACGUGGACACUGCUCAAUACGGAGCUAAAGUAUAACCGGCUGUCACACACCUCGACAGCGAUCGGAUCAUACCUGUUCAUGCUGGGUGGUCAUAAUGGCCAGUCAUACGCUCAGGAUGUCUUGCUCUUCAACUUGGUCACCCUGCAGUGGGAAUCCCGGACUCCCGGAGGCGUCCCACCGCCUGGUCGAGGGUAUCACGCUGCUCUGGUCCACGAUGCCAGAAUAUACGUUUCGGGUGGCUACAAUGCUGUAUCUGUCUUUGACGAUCUCUGGGCUCUGGAGCUGGGAGCAAGCGCUUAUCUACCGCAAGUGGUGAGUUCUGCUCAGGCUCUUUGCUGA